CGACGACCGCUCGCGUUCUCCCCGUUUUUCCACCGUGUCGGUUGUUCUCUCGUCGCGAAAACGGAGGUCCCAAACAACAACGAUGUUGACGCCAACGGCGAGACGGCCAACGGAACGACAUCGCUCACAGACGACGGUGCCGCGCUGCCCCAGGAUGCGACUGAAACGCUUCGAGACGCGUUGGCGGAAGCGGCAGAGAUUGUAGUGGAUCAUGUAAUAUCAAACGCUAAUAAGGUUUAUGGAUUGGAUCAUGUGACAAAUAUUAUGAAAUUUCAUAGCACAUACCUUGAGGCUUUUCUAAGUUUGCAAGAGUUUAUAAUUUAUAGAGAAGGACCAUUGCCUAUUCAAUAUCGGCACUACAUUGCAAUCAUGGCAGCUGGUCGGCACAAGUGUACGUAUUUAAUAAAUUUUCAUAAAAAACAAUUUUUGGAACAUAAUGGCGAUCCUAGUUGGUUGUUUGGUCUCUCACAUGUGCCACGUAAACUUCGUAAUUUAUAUGAAAUCAACAAGAUUUUAGCUCAUCGACCUUGGCUAGUAACAAAAGAAGAUAUCCAAAAAGUCGUCAAAGGUCCAAACUCAUGGUCAUUGUCAGAUUUAGGACAUGCUAUUAUAUUACUUGUUCAUUUUCAUAGUUUGUGUAGCUUUGUAUUUGCUUGUAACUUAAAUGAUGAGAUACCACGAGCUGUAAAAGUAUCUGGUGUUUACUUUAGACGUAGAAGCAAACCAUGCUUAAGAGGUUAUGCUGAUGAAAGCGUUAUAUCUGACGACGAAGGUCUUGAACCGAUAGUGGAACGAAUGAAAAAGCUAAGUGAACCAGCCACAGAACAAGAACGUAUACAGAGAUAUGAACUUGUUCAGAGUCAAUUAUGUGACAGUGAUACUUCUGCUGAUAAUGGUUUAAAUCCAGAUAUUAAACCAUUUGUUGAAGAUUCUGGAUAUUCUUAUUUAGAUUGCUCACGUCGACAAUUUGCUCAACAAUCUUCAUUUAUUUUGCAGGAAUUUUCUUGGAAUCAUCAUGGUUAUUCAUUAAUUAACCGUUUAUUUAAUGACAUUGGAUUAAUAUUGGAUAAAAAGUUCCAAACUGCUUACAACAUGACAUAUUAUACAAUGGGUGGUCGCCCUGAUAUUGAUACUUCAAGGUUCCGUGAAGCAAUUUGGAAUUAUAUUUAUUGUAUUUACGGAAUGAGAAAUGAUGAUUAUGAUUAUGAAGAUGUUACACAGUUGCUUCGAUCUCAAUUGAGAGUGUUUAUCAAGACUGCUGUUUGUUACCCAGAACGUUUGAACAAAAUAACUACUGAUAAUACACUUAAACAUUUUGAAUUAAGCGAAAAGAUUCAUAUAAAUUUAAUGAUUAUGGAAGCACGAAUGCAGUCUGAACUUUUAUUUGUAUUGCGGGCUGUCAUGAAUUACAUGUUAUGAUAUACAGUAACCACUUACAUAUAUAUUUUUUAAAACAUGUUAUACUUUUUUUUUUGUUAUAAUUUAUCAACAUGUAUACAAUUUUGGUUAUACGAUUUUUACUUGAAGGGAAAUCAUGAUUUGUUCUCAUAUUUUACUUUGCUUAACUUUUGUAUUAGCUUAAUUUAAUCUAUUUAUUUCAAUUCACAACAUUUGCCGACAUUCUUUAUAUUAUCAUUGUUUUUA